CCCCCCCCUCUCUCUCUCUCUCUUCCCCCUCUCCGUGUCUUUGUCUUUCUCUUCCCCUCGUUUGCCAUGUACUCGCACCUUGGCCGCGUUCUGGCCUCCGCCGGUCGGGCGGGGCUGGCCCAUUCCCCUCGGGCGCAGGCCGCUGGCAUCCCGCGCGCGGCUCGGGCCUUCUCCUCGAGCGCCGGCCCCGGCGGCCCCUCGGGCAACUUCCGCCGCGCGGCCAUCGCCCUUGCUGGGCUCGGUGCCGCGGGUGGUCUGGCCUACCUGGCCACCUCGUCGGAGGGCAGCUUCACCCGUCCGUCCUUCCUGACGGCUGCUCACUGUGAUGCGGCUCCUGCUCCGACUUCCGUCCCCACUUCGGAGGCCGACGCCCCGGAGGAGUUCCGUCGCAUCCGAUCCACCCCGGAGGAGCGCCAGGCCCGACGCGAGAAGCGUUCGCAGGAGCGCCUUGAGCGCAUGGAGGAACGUCGCCGCAUUGGCCCCGCCCGGCUCAAGACGUUGCCCACUCGCGCCGAGCACAUGGAGCGCCUGCGGGCCGACGAGGAGUAUGACUUGAUCGUCAUCGGCGCCGGCAUCACCGGCAGCGGGAUCGCCCUGGACGCGGCGUCGCGCGGCUUGAAGGUGGCCCUCAUCGAGCGGGACGACUUCGCAGCCGGCACCUCCUCCCGGUCGACGAAGCUCAUCCACGGCGGGGUCCGGUACCUGGAGCGGGCGGUCUUCGACCUGGACUCCAAGCAGUACAACCUGGUUCGCGAGGCGCUGGCCGAGCGGAAGACCCUGCUGGAGAUCGCCCCGCACAUUGUCCACCCCCAGGCCAUCCUCCUGCCGGUGUACAGCUUCUUCGAUGCCGUCUACUACUAUGCCGGGGCCGUGUGCUACAACCUCCUGGCCCGGCUGACCUCCGGCGAUCGGAUGCCCUUCACGCGCAUCCUCUCGCCGACGCGCACCCUGGAGGCCUUCCCCAGCCUCUCGGCCGAGGGCCUGCGCGCCGGCAUCGUGUACCAUGAUGGCGUCAAUGAUGACGCCCGGCUGACCACCAGCACGGUUCUCACGGCCGCCAGCUACGGCGCCACGGUGGUCAACCACACCGAGGUGGUGGGUCUGGUCCAGGUGCCGGAGGGCGCCGCUGCCGGGACCACUGACCCGGCGGCCGCCGACUCGACCCGGCACUCGGAUGCCGGGUCCCUGGUUAUCCAGGGGUCCGGCGAUGCGGCGGCCAGUGCGGCCGCCGACACCGCCGCCCCGCGCAUGCGCACCACCGGUGUCGAGGUGCGCGAUCGCCUCACCGGGCAGACCUUCACCGUCCAGGCCAAGGGGGUCAUCAAUGCCACUGGGCCCUUUUCCGAUACCAUUCGUCGGCUGGAUGAUCCGGCCUCUCGCCCGAUCUUGGUCCCCAGCCAGGGGAUCCAUGUGGUCCUGCCGGCGCACUUGUUCGAGCACUCGACCUUCGGUCUGCUGGACCCGGCCACCAGCGACAACCGCGUGGUCUUCGUCCUCCCGUGGGCCGGGUCGGUUCUGUGCGGGACCACCGACACCCCGCUGCCGCGUGCGGCGGCCGAAAACUCCGGCAAUGUGGUGGAGCCCGUCGGCCCGGCUGACCUGGCGGCCGCCGGCUCCGAGGCCGGCCCCCUCCCGAGCGGCGGCCUGAUCGCCCGCGAGGCCGACGUCGAGUGGGUGCUGAACGCCGUGCGGCCCUACCUGCGCAAGGACCUCCAGGUCAGCCGCAGUGACGUUCGGUCCAUCUGGGCCGGCGUGCGGCCGCUCGUGCGCGACCCCAACAACCCGGCCUUCUACAGUCAGACGGCCGACGAGCAGUCUGGCACCAACACCUCGACCAUUGCCCGGACCCAUGUGGUCCAUGUCAGCCCCAGCAGCCUGAUCACCGUGUCCGGCGGCAAGCUGACCACCUUCCGCAUCAUGGCCAAGGAUGCUCUUGACAGCGCCAUCCGCGUGUUCGGGCUCACCCCUGAUACCCCGGAGGCCAUCACCGACAAGAUCAAGCUCUUCGGCGCGGAGAAGUACAACGAGGCGGCCAUCCUCUCGUCGCUGACCACCGAGUAUGGCUUUGAUGCCGAGGUUGCCAACCACCUGCUUCGGAGCUACGGCGAUCGCGCCACCCAGGUGGCGGCCCUCUGUGCUCCCACCGAGUGGACGUCUGUUGUCCUGCCGGAUGGCACUCUCAGCUCCGUGCUGACCACCCGGCCGCUGGAGGAGGCCGAUGCCGCUGCAGCUGGCACCACCGUCCCCCCGCGUGUCUCCGGUCCCCGUGGCUUCCGCCUUGCGCCGGACCAUCCCUACCUCGAUGGCGAGGUGCGCUAUGCGGUUCGUCAUGAGUAUGCCUGCACGCUGGUUGACGUCAUUGCUCGCCGCACUCGGUUGGCCUUCGUCGAUGUUUAUGCCGCGGCCAAGGUCAUCCCCACGGUGGCGGCCAUCAUGCAGGCCGAGCUCGGCUGGUCGGAGGAGCGCACCAAGCGGGAGAUGGCCACCGCUCGGCUCUUCCUCGACUCCUGCGGCCUGACCACCGUGACCGAGUGAACAUCUCGCCAUGCGUGAUGCUCCCCCUCCUCCCCCUCCCUCCUUCCCCCUCUCCAUCGCCACUUCCCCCUUCCACCAUCCAUGUCCCCUUCCUUCUUGAGUUCCCACCUUGCCGUGUGCUCCCUCCCUCCCUCCCUCCC